AUGGAUGCAAUUGGGCCUAUUAAACCUCCUUCGUCGGCUUACCAUGAGUAUAUCCUGAUAGCCACAUAUUACUUCACAAAGUGGGUCGAAGUCCAAGCUUUUAAGAGCUUAAAUACAAGGGCAAUAAUCUUAUUCUUAAAAGAGAAAAUCUUUACAAGAUAUGGGAUUCCUGACUCUAUAACAGUGGAUCAAGCUACCAUGUUUACAGCACAUGAGUUCAAUUCCUAUCUCAAGGAAUUCGAGAUUCAAAAGAUUCACUCUAUCCCUUAUUUUGCUCAAGCUAAUGGGAAGGCCAAAGCUACUAACAAGGUAAUCUGUAAAGGGAUUGCUAAAAUGGUGGAUGAAAAUCCAAAGAAUUGGCAUGUUCUUCUACACUUGCUACUUAGGCAUAUAGAACAUCAAAAAGAGAUGCAAUUUGGACUACCCCUUACCAAUUGGUAUAUAGGCAUGAACCAGUUGUACUGUACCAGCAUAGCUGAGCGCUAA